AUCGCCAACAACAGGUGUGUUCGGAGAACCGGAAUAGCGAUGAUUUGAUCUUGGAUGUAGUAAGCGAGGUACGAAGAACGGACCCAUGUGUGGUAACCCAUUCUUUAGUUUCUCAUUGUGGCCAGGUGCAGUACACAGCACCAUCCAGGAGGUGGCAGCAGUGAACUGUAAAGAUGUUUCCCAACCGCAAGAAAUAUGAAAAAAAGAAGAAAAUGUUCAAUAUGUCUGCGCCCUUUAGCAAGGUGGUAACGACGCAAGCUGUUUGUAAAUGAUGUUAAUUGGACGUUUCUAGACAAUGUUUAAAGAAUUAAUGACUGGAGCCUGUUCCGAUAUAGACACCGCUAACUGGAAAAAUGGAGUAAAGCAUUCGGCAGCUUGACAUUUGAUUUCAUGAUCACGUUGAGCUAGCAGGGAACCUUCAGUGAGUUGUUUACCUCCUCAGAUAUUCAUAUCAUGUUUUUGUAGAUUAGUUCAGGCUUAAUAGUAAAAACCCCGCCCAUCAGCCAUGUUUUGUCAAAGAUUUUCUAAAUCCAAAAGAAUAAUCUGUUAUUGGUUGUAGUAUUCCGCAUUAUAGCUGCUCACCACUGACUUGAACCUGUUACAAAUUUUAAAAAAAGUAAAAUUAUCACUACCGUGUUAUAUUUACGCCGAGUUGAAGAAUUUUUCUUCACUAUAUAGGCUGUAUCGUAACCCUUGUGUUGUCCUCGGGUCAAAAAUGGUCUCUAGCAUCUCGGAGUAAUUUAUUUGUGUUAAAACAUAAAUAAAUACCAACGUUUGUAUUUUUGAAUGAGAUUUGGCUAAAUGGACUAGAGACCGGCAAAAAUCAAGUCUGUUUACUACGCAGUGAAUAUUUCAUCCACAUCUACAUGUAAAAUGGCUUACAGAAGACUUGUAAACCUUCUGCCCAGAGUAAAAGAGUCUGCCUAUAACCUAUGGAUACCUCACUUUCAAAAACCACCAUAUGUCUUAAACCAAAGUGUUGAAAAUAGAGCUAAAAGAACUCUUUACACCAGCACACCACUGAUGGUGAAGUUGCUGUCAGUGGAUGAGAUUUUUGCCAGGAAGUCUCUGCAGGAGCACCUGAGGAAGACUGAGGCACAGUACAGCGAAUGUUUACAAGCCAUCAGUGGUAAUUUGGGAGAGGAGCAGUGCAGUGAGGAUGAACUGAAGGCCAACAGGACCAAAGUGUCCCUUCUGGCUCCUCUUAUCCAGACCAUCAGAGAGCUUGACACCAAGCAAAAAGAGAUUGCAGAGACUGAGACGCUUCUGAAAGAUGAAGACCCAUCUUUGCGGGAACUGGCAGAGGUGGAGAGAGCAGGCUUUUUGGAAGAUAUUCAAACUCUUAGACAAAAGAUUCUGGAUCUAUUGAUUCCAGAGGAGGAGACUGAUCUGAGUGACCUCGUCCUGGAGGUCACCGCUGGCGUUGGUGGUCAAGAAGCCAUGCUGUUCACUGCUGAGGUGUUUGACAUGUACCAAGGCUUUGCUCAUCACCGCAGCUGGUCCUUUGACAUCCUGGAGCACACAACCAGUGAGCUAGGUGGACUACGUCACGCCUCAGCUAGUAUCAGCGGCCCUCAGAGCUACAAAAGGAUGAAGUUUGAGGCAGGAGUUCAUCGCGUUCAGAGGGUUCCCAAGACUGAAAAACAGGGCCGGAUGCACACCAGCACCAUGACUGUGGCUGUGCUGCCCCAGCCCACUGAGAUCUCUUUCACAAUAAACCCAAAGGAUCUCAGGAUAGACACUAAGAGGGCGAGUGGAGCUGGAGGUCAACAUGUCAACACCACAGACAGCGCUGUCAGGAUAGUUCAUCUUCCUACAGGUGUGGUCGCGGAAUGCCAGCAAGAGCGAUCCCAACUGAAGAACAGGGAGAAAGCCAUGAAGUCCCUUAGAGCAAAACUGUACAGCAUGAAGCUGGAAGAGGAGACCAGCAAACGCUACAACCAGCGGAAAAUACAGAUCGGCACUAAAGGACGAUCAGAGAAGAUUCGGACCUACAACUUUUCCCAAGAUCGGAUAACAGACCACCGGAUCAGCUUGACUCUGCACGAUUUAAAAAGCUUCCUGCUGGGAGAGGAUCUUCUGGAUGAGAUGAACUCCUCACUUCAGGAGUUUUCCAACCAGGAGAUUCUCAUGGAACUGCUGGGAGAAAACAGUCAGGACAGCUCAUGACUUUGUCUCUUACAGAAUGUGCAUUUAUUUCAGAUAAUAAUGUAAUGCUGGUCAUUCCUAGACUGUAAAAACUGUGUGGGGAAAAAGAAGAUGAUGCAUUGAAAGUGGGCACAAAUCUCAGCAGUGCCUGAUACGAGAUGCGUAUCUGAAGGUGAUAAGCAGCGUCACAACAAACAAAAAAAAGUGGCAAAUAAAAUGUAUGAGCUGUACAGUGA